AUGACGGUAGACGAGGCGCAGCUGAUAUUAAACGUAAAGCGCGAAGCGCCCCUGGAGGAGAUUGUCAAGCGGUACGAGACACUGUUCAAGGCAAACUCGGCACCUGCAGCACCCGAGCCGGGAAGCGCGGCGGCGAAAUUGAAGAAAACGCCGGCGCCGGCGUGGUCACACUAUUUGCAGUCCAAGGUGGUGCGGGCGCGCGAACGACUCGAGGCCGAGGCCAAGGUUGCGGCGGAAGAUGGGGCACCGAAAGAGGCAGCAGAACAAACGACAGAGGCAAAAGAUGUAAAUCGAGAGAGAACGACGACGACGACUGCUGGACCAUUGAUGGGCGUGCUUAUGGGAGCGCUUGGAGCGCUUGGAGCAAUGCUUGUACCGAUGGAACGGGGUGUAGAGACACACUCUGUGGUUGUUGUUGGUGCUGUUGUGGCUGUUGUGCUCAUCCUGGCGUAUGUCACGAAUCCCUCGGCGGCGUCGUUUCGGACGUUUCUGACUGAGCUUGCGUUCCGGAGACACCUGAGCAAGCUGCACGAUGCGUCUGAGGCUGAUCCGCCAGCCCUCACCUGGGCCCGCCACAGCCUUGCCAUCGACGCCCCGCCCCAUCUCCAGUUUGCCACAAAGGCAUCUGUCUCGGUCCGCUCUUCUGCCCAUAUCUUCCGCUCUUUCGGCAUCUUCACCAUUGCUGCCGUUACCCCCGUUGCCGACCACCGCAACAAGCCUGACUCUCAUCCCACCGCCUUUGCCAGCGACCACGGCAGAUGGUUCCUCGGUGCCUUUGGCAAGUGGUGGUUCGGCGGUGCUCUCCUCCUAGGCAAGGGCGACGACGGUCACACCACCGCCGGACUCUUGGACAUCCGUCUGCUCGAUGACUCGGAGCUCACCAAAUGGACAAUUAUACCGGAUUCAAAUGGCCGUCGCACUCCUCCACCCCUGCCAAAGCAUGCAUCACUACCGCUUCACACACAACCCACCCAGAAACAGUCCAAACCGAAACCAAAGUCGAAACCCAAGUCCAAGUCCAAGUCGGCCAUCCCCGGGAGCACCACCGAACCCGCUCUACCCGCUGCGCCCAGUGCUCCCACUGCGACCAACAUCGACGCACACCCGCUUCUUGCAGACUUGCUACAGCAUAUUGCCACUACCCAAGCUGCCCUCACCAACACUCGCGCCCAGCUCGCCCAGCUCCAUGCAUCCACGGCCCAUACACGUGAGCAGACCGAGGAGCAUGCUGCCCAGCGAGCAAAGCAUAAUUCUGCAUCGGCUACUUCCGACGCCGCCAAGUCACAUACACAUCAGCUCACUAAUGCUCGCCGCACACUCAGGGCUUCGCAGAAGACACUCGCAAAUGUACAGGCCACUCAUGCUGCAUUGGAACAACGUGCGAAAACAUUAAAUGAACAAACCAAAUCGCUCCACGACCAGGUCGUUAGAGAUCGAGACAGGGUCAAGGAAGGAGAGGAAAAGGGAGAGAGAAAGAGGGACGAGAUUGCUGAUUUAAUUCUCUUGAGGAAAGAAGAGUUGAGGAAAAUUGAAGAGGAGAUCAUGGGGUCCCAGGAGGACAAGGAUACUGUUGGCCUCAUUGGCAAGGUCCGUGCCUUAGAGGCCGAAGUGAAGGAGGCCAGAAAAACUCUAGACGAAUUAAAGGCCUGGCAGGCGAAUAUACAUCAAGCCAAGGAAGAUCACGACGAACCCGAGCAGGAGUUUGAAAGGGAAAAGGAGCCUGCUGUUGUGUAUAUUGGACAGACGCCCGUGCGUUCUUCACUCGCCAACGCCAGCCAGUCCAACCUUCAACGCAUACAUGGCACUCCCUCCCACGCACGCAUUUCUUCGGUUCCCGGCAUAGGUCAUCCAGCCUCAAUCUCUAGUCAAAACGUGACCGCUCCGACUGGCGUAGCAUCUCCCACACCCGCCGCUCCCGCAGAUGUUGCUUCCCCCGCGCGUCCCAAAGGACAAGUCCUGAAUACCAAGAAGAGCCUUCCUGGUCCGAUUGUUGGCAAGGCACCCGCGACCAAAGGCGUACCUGCAUCUGGUCUAGGCUUAUCUGCUCCUGUUGCCAAGGACUUCGCCGCGGCCCGCCCUGCGUUCUCGCCAUUCGACUCGGACACUCUGCCCAUUGCUAUUCCUAAACGAUCCACAGGAAACUAUGCCCUCGGCCCAGACCGCUCCGCGGCAAAGUACGGCCCCUCGCCCGAUAUGCUCACCUUUGGGCUCGCAAUGGACUCUCCCACAGCCGGUGCGUUCUCCCCGCCCCCUAGCGCGCUCCUUCCCAGUUCGUUGUUGAGCGAGGACGGGCACCGGUGGGAGGGCGAUGGUGCUCCUAGCCCUCCGCUGUUCAGCGACGCUCAGACUGGCUCGAGUCCCGUUCAGCUCAUGCGUCAGAACAGCACGAGUCCCGGACAGUAUCGAAAUGGAGCCAGUCCGCCGCGUUGGGAAAAAGACGCGGAUGGGUGGGUGACUGAGGCCAAACCUGUCUCGAACGGAUGGGAUGCCAAACCGGCCAUCGGAAGUGCGUGGGAUGCAAAGACAAACGGUACAUGGGACACGAAACAAUCGAACGGAAAUACAUGGGACAACGGAUUCGUAGCUGGUGACAUGGACGUUUGGACGGGCGAAACUAACGGUAGUGCUGGAUGGAUGGGCGAAGCGCGUCGUCGGUGGCCGAGCGAGCCUGCUGCUGCGUGGGCCCCUCUCGCCGAAGGACGUCCCCGCUCGUUGUCCAAUGGAUCUCCCGCCGGUCGCCCUCGCUCCGACUCGCACGAUACGCAUCGGCUGUCGACUGGUGCUGACUCGGGUUAUCAUUCUACCGUCGCGGCGCCCAAGAAACGUGGUUCCGGAUCUAGUUCGGGCGAAGACGUUGCGCAAGACACCUCUGCUUCCAGCUUUGCUCUUCCGUUUUUGCAGAGUUCGCCCGUGUCUGGAUCGAUCGACGCUCCUGCUUCGUCGUUUGGCUCGGGUGUUUUUAGUCCUCCCGGGUCUGCUGCAAGCCGCCGCGGCUACGAUGCUCAACGUGCCAGUCUCCCAGCGCGCGUCCCGCUCAUUCGCGAAGUUGAAGAAUCGGAACCUGCCUCUGCGCCGGCUCCCGCCGAACCGACAGCCGUACCGACCAAGAGCCGCCGCUGGUUCUCGGGCGUAGGUAGCGCAAAGAAAGAAGACCCCAAUGCGCGCGUGCAAAAGUCCGAACUGAACCCAGACGCCAAGGCGUUUAGCUUUUCUCCCGAUGCAUCGAGGAUCUUCAACUUUACGCGCGGUCGGACGUUUAAUCUCGGUCCGCCAUCGACUCCUACCAACUCGGGCUCGAAACAACCGGCUGCGUCGGCUUCUGUUACUGCUCCUGCUCCUGCCCCUGCCCCUGCGCCUACCUAUUCACCGUUUGGUCUCGGAGCUGGUGCGAACGCGAGUACGCCGACGCUCGGAAGUGCCGGUACGGCGAGCAACGCGUUCUUUUCGUCCUUAUUGGCGUUUGCGCCUUCCCCCGCAGAGCGCGAAGCUCUCCAACGUGCGCUCGGACCCAACAACGGUUUGACUCGUACGCUGAGCGGCACAUCCGCGCGGUCUCCCUUCACGUCGCCUCUUCCCUCGGCUCGUUCGAGCGCGGUGGACUUGAGUCUGAGCGACAAGGCUGCUCUGGCGUGGAAUAUCGACUCGGCUGCCGCUCCCGUCCAGAAACGCACCUGGUUUCCAGUCCGGAAAAAGGCUGCCGUCGUUGAAGAGGCCGAUUAG